GCGUCCUCUGAGAUCGAUUCAACGCACGGCCAUGUUAAAUCUCUAGACGGAAGAGACAAAAGCCACAGCAACAAAGAAUAUCUCAAGAAACGUUCGAAGAAUUAAUCAAAUUCACGAAGAUUCAAAUCCUUCAGAAUUCGGAGGUAUUCCAGAAAUUCCUCCACUGAAGCGUUCAGGAACUGUGACAAAGAGAGGAGAGGAAAAACGAGACAUCGCUUAGCCAGAGUGGAAACUUUUAUGGACUGUUAACGUUAUUUUGGACUCGUAAUCCUGCAUUGACUUUCAGUUUGAAAUCCCUCAGUUUGGAGUUUUUCAGCUGGUUAAAUAGGAACAAGUGACACUGAGCAAAGUUUGAAAUUCCUCAUGAUGAAGAGAAUACAGGAAUUAAGAGCACAUUAUUAAGACCCUUUUGCUGAGCCUUGUGCUUUUGUAUGUAAAUACUUUAUACCUUUUUUUUUUUUUUGAUACCAAAAAGAAUACAGAGGGUACUACAGGAUUUCUGCAAUCCAGCUGUUAAAAAAAAAAAGUGAAUACUUUGUACAUUUUCAGGGAUAACGUAAAAAGUGACUUUUGAAAAGCAUUAAUAGAUUUUUUGCUAACUUGCAUUUUUGAAAACCCUUGUGUAAGACUUGAAGUUUACAAGUACCUGUUUGCUAGUUAUUUUGUACAUUGGCUCUAGGCUUGUUAUAUAUUUAUUCAUAUAAAUAUAAUUUUCUCCUAUAUUGGGAGAGCUUAUUAUAAACAAUUGUUAUACGCCAGGCACUCUUUUUUUUUAAGAGGUCUGUACGUACUGGAAACUGUUUACACAAAAGCGCAGUGAGCGUAACAGUAAAACAGUUUAACGAAUGGUUGAAAAGUAGCCACACAAAAAAAGCAAAAAUUCAUUUGUUUGAAACCGUUGAAGAAAACAUCUGACAAUGGCUACAGCCAGAACAGAGAUCCCUUCUUCAGUCAUGCCAAUGAGCAAACAGAAUGGACAGACCAAGCCCUUGACCCUCCAGUCAGGAUCGCUUACUUCCUCAACACAGUCAGGAAAAACACCUGCUAUGCCCCAGAAAGGAAGCAGUAUACACCAAAGCAGUGGCGGUAUCAGGUUUGGUGAUGACUGGAAGAAAUGCCUGCAGCUUCCACCGAAAGACUUGCGAGUGAAAACCACAGAUGUGACUGCAACCAAAGGAAACGAGUUUGAAGAUUACUGCCUUAAGAGGGAACUGCUGAUGGGCAUCUUCGAAAUGGGCUGGGAGAAGCCUUCCCCUAUCCAGGAAGAGAGUAUUCCUAUUGUCUUGUCAGGGAGGGACAUUCUUGCCCGAGCUAAAAAUGGCACAGGUAAAAGCGGAGCCUACCUCAUCCCCCUCUUGGAAAGGAUUGACCUGAAGAAGGACUAUGUUCAAGCCAUAGUGUUUGUACCUACUCGUGAGUUGGCUCUUCAGGUGAGCCAAAUAAGUAUCAACAUGAGCAAGCACCUUGGUGGCGUCAAGAUUAUGGCUACAACAGGUGGCACUAACCUGAGGGAUGACAUCAUGCGUCUUGAUGAGACUGUACAUGUUAUAAUAGCUACCCCAGGAAGGAUCCUGGACUUGAUAAAGAAAGGUGUGGCCAAGGUUGACAAAGCUCAGAUGAUUGUGAUGGAUGAGGCUGAUAAGUUGCUUUCUCAAGACUUUGUGGUGCUCAUUGAGGACAUCAUCAGCUUCAUGCCCAAAAAACGCCAGAUUCUGCUCUAUUCUGCCACUUUCCCCAGCAGUGUGCAGAAGUUUAUGUCCAAACACCUUCAGAAGCCAUAUGAAAUCAAUCUGAUGGAUGAGCUGACACUGAAAGGCAUCACUCAGUACUAUGCUUAUGUUACAGAAAGACAGAAAGUGCACUGUCUCAACACACUGUUCUCCAGACUUCAAAUCAACCAGUCAAUCAUCUUCUGUAACUCCACCCAAAGGGUGGAACUCCUUGCCAAGAAGAUCACACAACUAGGCUAUUCCUGCUUUUACAUCCAUGCCAAGAUGAUGCAGGAAUACAGAAAUCGUGUGUUCCAUGACUUCAGAAACGGACUGUGUAGGAACCUGGUCUGCACAGAUCUUUUCACAAGAGGAAUUGACAUCCAGGCUGUCAAUGUAGUCAUCAACUUUGACUUCCCCAGAAAUGCAGAGACAUAUCUGCACCGCAUUGGUCGAUCAGGUAGGUACGGUCACCUGGGAUUGGCCAUUAACCUGAUCACCUCAGAAGAUCGUUUCAAUCUAAAGGGCAUUGAGGACCAGCUGAUGACUGACAUAAAGCCCAUACCCAGCAGCAUUGACAAGAACCUGUAUGUGGCGGAGUUUCACACCAUGAACCCUGAUGAAGAGGAGGCUGCUCACAAAGCAGGCGAGCUUAAUUAACCCUUACCGGAGAAUAAAGGGACCAAUGCUUGGCAUUCUGCACAAUUUCUACUGAAGACAGGCGCAAAGAUGACUCAUUUUGUUUGUUUGUUGUAGUUUUAUUUUCUCACCAAAUGCUUCAAGGGUCUGGAACUGCCAUGGUAAAAUGUGAUCAGCUGCCACACAUUUAGGGGCUAGUAUGAAGUCAUUAGAUUUGUUCUCGAUGGACUCCCUGAGGCAGCUUUCCCCUUUUCCAUUUGGAGCACAAUAAGCCACUGUUCUUUGGACCCAGAGCACUGGCGAAGACCAUUCACCGUUCAUAACUGCUGUUCAUGAGGAUUUCUUUCCCUUUUAUUUACCGGAACAAUGAAAUAAAAAAUGCUGGCAGUCAAGAGGGUGCCAAAAACAAAUGCCCAAGCUUUACUAGGAGUACAUUUGGUCUAUCCAUCACCUAAUGUGGAAGGUUUUGAGCAUUAUAUAAUGAUUGAGUUUUACUCAGAGCUUUACAGUUGAUCAGGGAAAACCAGGGAGGAAGUUUAACACAUUCAUAAUGGUCUUCUUUUGGUUGUUUACAACCUUGCAUGUGUGUAUAUAUAUCAUCUGGAGAGAAGCUUGUGCUUUUGUUCUAAUACGAACAGACAAUAUUUCGACUUUUUCUUUGGCUAACUUGACUUGCCACCAUGACAUCAUUCCCAAAUAUUUUUUAAAAACAUUCAGCCCCUUUUUAAAGUCAGUCUGCAUCGUCAUACUCACUUUGGCCAUCUCUAUUUCUCCAAGUGCCUUACUCGGUUAUAUACUUCCUCUAGGUAGGAGGGAGCACUAUAGGUGCGUGGUGCAAAAAGCAAAACUCCACUUUGGUCAGGAUUGUUUGGUCAAGUUGUUACCUGCUAGAUUUAGACUUCUCUUAUACCUCAAACCCAUAAAUCGCUUGUUUUCUGUUUGACCCACCAUUUUGUUGGUAGUAAACAGUACCUAGCUCAGCAUUGGCUGGGUGAGCAAUAGAUUUGGUUGUGUCCAACAACCAGGUAACCCAGUUCAGAUGUUUGGUGAGGCUGGACUUCAAUUUCAGCAGUUCAGCCUGCAUUUUUGAAAACUGAGGGACAGUUCAAUAUGCUCUUCUUUUUUCCCCCGUUGAAACGUACAGUCAGGUUUUAUUUUGAUAAAACCGUGUAAUGUGAUUGAUCUGAUUCAGUCUUUCCCCUGGUGUUGUCUAAUGCACAGAAACAGACAGAGUAAUGAGUAAUGUCUUUUACAACAUAUCAGCACAAAUGCUGUGAUGAAAUGACAGCUGUAAUAAAGUUGGUAGCUCUUGAAAUGUAAACUUUUGUGUCCCCUGUUGUAUGUGUUGAAUUGUGCUCUCUUUGCCAUGUGUUGUAUUAAGUAGAAGCUGUGUGUUUUACUGCGAGGAUUCAUGGAAGAAUGGCCAAAGCUUUUUGCUCCAAAUGUUAAUGCCAGCCUAUCCUGUCCCUUCUCUUUUAAGCAAAAUAAAGUCCAGCAUAUUCUCCAAA